GCACAGGGCCCGUUAAUUUGUACGUCAGUGCAGUGGCUUUAAGUUUCCAUUGCUAGGCGCCAGGUAUUGACCAAUACUAGUAGUGCCUUUCAGCAUAUGGAUAAAUAAAUGCAGGCUACCUUAACUUGUCUUGUGUAACCUCCCUCCGGCGCAGUGUCACCAGCCACCUUCCCUCCAAUUCAGCCAUGUCGGACAUGCCUGCAUUUACAAUUCAGUUCAUAGGGUUGACUAUUUCUUUUGCGCAACUAGGUAUCAAUGUUGCUCAAGGCUUCUGUUAUUAUCGAGCCUUCCCUCACGACAGACGACUGCUCAGGUAUCUCGUUGCCACUGUCCUGAUUUUGAAUAUCAUUGGGACGCUAUUGACCACUUUCAUGUACUGGUCGUUCUUCACCAAUUGUUUUCGGAGUACAUUUAUAAGGUGUCAGGCAUGUUACAGGGACACGGCGGCGAUGAUCCUUCUCUUUGUAAAUACUACCUUACCAUUCAUCGUGCACAGUUUCUAUUGUCAUCGUGUAUGGAUAAUCAGCGACAAAAACAUAUAUGUCACCAUACCCAUAAUUUUAUUCGCAGCUUUGUCUUAUGUGCUCGGUCUAACGGUUAUUCCGCCGCAAAAGACUGGGGCUUUCUCGAAUGACGCAAUACUCAAAAUCUCCGCUGCAGAUGCAUUUCAGAACGUCUUGUGCGACUCCGCGAUCAGUCUUUCCGUCUACUUUUACCUACGCCCUGGAAGAUCUGGUGUCCGCCGCACGGACACCCGUAUCCAGAGGAUAACUAACAAUUUCAUCGGCAUGGGCUUUCUUGUGUGUUUGUUGGCUAUCGGUAUAUUCAUCUUGUACUGGGCAAAAUGGUUUGCUGCAAUCGGAGGUGUAGCUAUGGUUCUCAGAAACUCAUAUGCCAAUUCGUUGCUAUCUAUACUCAACGCCAGGAAGCCACCUAGUAGGCUUCAAACGAUGGAAAUCGAACUUCAAACAAUUCCAGUGGGCAAUUCGAGAUGAAGCGGCUACCCGCGCGCGUCGAGUUCUAGGUUUUUGUGUCCUUGUGAAUGUCAUAACUCAACACCACGAACACAAGCAUCUUCACGUGCUCAUCGUAUGUAUUA